CUCCUGUCUUCAAUUUGACGCUGAUAGACAGACAUUGGGUCCGUAUGGUAGUAGACCAUGCCGAGCAGCAAUUCCGACAUAUGGCUCUCCGGCGCCUUCGCCGUAGUCGUCACCGACUUCAUGGUCUACCCCUUCGACACACUGAAAACCCGCAUCCAAUCGCCAAACUACAGCACCGUAUACAAAGACGCAACAACGGGGAACGUAAAGCGGUCGCUAUUAUUCAAAGGCCUCUACCAAGGCGUAAGAAGCGUCGUACUAGCGACAAUCCCAGCCUCAGGAGCAUUCUUCACAACCUACGAAUCCAUCAAACAAACCCUCACGCACCUCUCCACGAGUACCACCACCACCACCACCACCAACAACCAAAAGGAAUCUAUCCUCCCAACACCAGUAAUCCACUCCCUGGCCUCCUGCACCGCCGAAGCAGUAUCAUGCUUCAUCCUCACGCCGGCAGAAGUGCUGAAGCAGAAUGCGCAGAUGGUUAAUGAUACCGUCGGCGAGAAUAUUUCCCCAGAGACCCAGGCGAGAACGAGGAAGAGGAGGAGUGUAACGCUUACUGUGCUCCGUCGGUUCAGACAUCAGCCCUGGAAGCUCUGGAGCGGGUAUACGGCGCUACUGGGCCGGAAUCUGCCGUUUAGGGGAUUCAGUUUCCGAUUUUUGAGUGAGUCGUCCCAAGAGGGGACGGCUAAUGCGCCGGACUCGGAUUCAGACUCGAACGCGACCUCCAUAUCCGAACGUGUAUACGUAACCGGUAUCGCGGGCAGUGUGGCGGGGACGAUCUCCUCGGUAGUAACCACGCCGAUAGACGUGGUGAAGACGCGGAUGAUGCUGGCUGCUACUUCUUCUUCUUCACAAAGUGAAGAUCGGAAACAAAAGAGGGGGCCAAGUGCGUGGGCGGUUGGGAAGGAGGUUUAUCGGCGUGAGGGGGUGAAGGGUCUCUUCAGGGGGGGUGCGUUAAGGGCGUUCUGGACGGCCAUCUCCUUUGGGAUUUAUCUGGGUAUGUAUGAGGGGGGAAAGGUGUAUUUGGGGAAUCGACGGGCGGAGAAAGAUGCGCGAGCAGAUGAGGGGGCGCCUCUGUAG